UCUCCAAAUACAGAUCUAACCUUUUCAUCUUUCCAUACUCUACAAUCGCCCGCGACUUCAUCAGUCUGUGUCAGUCUGUGUCAAUGCCGCCAAAUGGCAAUUUGGAGAGCGACAAAACAGUCGAGGAGCAGAAGCCUCGGACGCCUUCUGCGACCGAAGCUCAACCAUCCCAUGCGGAGCUCACCAUAACUGCACCUUGCACCUUAUCAUUCAGGGAGCAAUUAGAAAAAUUCCAGUACACAUGCGCUACUUUGAGGAGCAAUAAUGCCACUCCGAAGUCGACCAUCUCUCUGCGCUCUUCAAAGCGUACACGUGCCACGAUGACAAUCGUCAACCCAACUGGUGAGAUUGACGCACCAUUUCCACGACACAGCAAGAAGCGCAAAUCGAGCGGCUAUGCGCCAUCUUCCAAAUAUGCACACUUGUCGCCUUUGGUUGACAUCCUCGAGCCGAACUUGAUAUGUUGUUUUGUUGGCACAAAUCCCGGCGUGCAAACUGCGACUGCCGGCCAUGCCUACGCUCACCCUUCGAACCAUUUUUGGAAGCUACUCCACUCUUCAGGUCUCACUGAUCGACGACUACCACCUACCGCCGACCGCUCGCUGCCUGCGAGAUACUGCAUGGGCAAUACGAAUAUUGUUUCGCGCCCGUCUAAGAACGCCGCCGAGCUCUCGAAAGAAGAGAUGGUAGCUGGUGCUGGAGAUCUGGAGGCCAAGUUUCGGGAGUUCAGACCGGAGGCAGUAUGCAUUGUGGGCAAGGGUAUCUGGGAGGCGAUAUGGAAGUACAAAAUGGGAAGGGCGAUACGGAAAGAAGAAUUCCGCUAUGGGUGGCAGGAUGAAGAAAUGAACAUGGGGAAGGUGGAUGGCAAGGAAGAUUGGGGAGGGAGCAAGGUGUUUGUCACCACGAGUACGAGUGGACUGGCGGCGAAUUUGAAGCCGGCGGAGAAGGAGGCUAUUUGGAAACCAUUUGGGGAAUGGGUCCAGAAGAGACGAGAAGAGAGAGGGUUCAUGCCACGAAGCGAGGAAGGCAAUGCACAGCAACAAUAGCAUUUGUUAGGACAGCUCACCUAGAUGCGAAGUGCACCAUGGUGACACCGAUGCGGUAUGUGGAAACGCCACUCCAUGCGACGCAACGCAGCUCCAAUUCUGGGAUCGUAUCCCAUGAGUAGGCAAAAUUUGUUUUCGCUUCAG